GUUGAUUCAGGAGAAAUAUGUGAAUGAGCAGCUGGACAGUGAGAAGAUCACCUGAUGAGACAGGUGCGUGACCUGCGUGUGGAGAUGGAGGAACUUCAAUGACCCAGAGGAUGCGUUCCCUGAAGCGUCAGCUGAACGAGGCAGAGGAGGAGUCUAGUCGUAGAGACGCUCAGUACCGACACACCCAGAGAGAACUGACAGAGGAAAGAGAGACCUCCACCAGACUACAGGAGACAGCUGCUGGACCAGCACCUUCAACUCAAGCGUAAGGAGUCCACCAUUCAAAUGAGACAGACUCUGGAGAACCUGCGUCUGGAUCUCAGUGUAGAUGAAGAGGACCAGGCUGACCCGGUACCAACAUCCUCCAAGGCCUGAAGAAAGACAACAUACUAGCCUUUUUCAAUCCACUUUUAUUGAUAAAGGUUAGAGUGAUACCCCUAAUACCACCACUAAUAGACUUGACAAGAAACAACACAUUCUACACUGGCACCAAUACUGUCAUUUAUCGUAGAAUACAGUGCCCACAAGUUAAGUGUUCAAACCUUAUUUAGCCUCUUUCUCUGUACUAUUGAAAUGUAAAGCAUUUUGUCUUUAGUUUUUGUUUUCCAAAAGCGGUUAUGGUUAUUAACUAAAGGUCCAAUGCAGCUGUUAUUA